CGCUUCCUGCCGCCGCAGUAGCGGUAAACAGAGCAAGGUAGCGCCUGCAUGGGCCACGGCCAGCAGGGAGUUAUUCCACAUCGCAUCCCAUCCCAGAGCAUAUAUGGCGUCCUCUCACACCGAGCCGUGAAUUUAAUAUGCAGCACAUCGGAGUAGCCCCCCCUCACCCACGCCCCCCAGCUUUAAUUUAAUCAUUUAUUUAUUUAAUUCGCAACCAUCAUCUGCUUUCGGUGUGCGGCAGAGGAGGGGGGGCGGUGCGGGGAAACGCGCGUCGCCCGGGUAGCUCCAUAGGCAGCGUCCUUUCUUCUUCUUUUCUUUUCUGGAGAUCAAGACGACGGAUGCGGGUUCAUCCCAUCCCGCUGCUGCAAACACGUCGGACUGGCUGCCUGUUUUUUUUUCUUCCUCUUCUUCUUCUUCUUCAGGCGCAUCCGCAGCUUCUCUGCGUGGUGCAAGGUGUCUUUGAAGCGGAGACGGACCUCCGGGAGAAAAAAGGAGCAGCAAGCUCUGUGUUGACUCACCCAUCUCGAGAUGGUGGUGGACAAACAUCCGCUGAAGGGUGGUACCCGUCAGGUAACUCCGCCCCUCUGUUACCAUAGUCUUGGGUGUGAACGAUGAUGAGGAUGUUCCUAAAUAGAUUCAGACAGCCUGAGCAUCGCCCUCCACACAGUCUCCAACAGAGGAACAUUUCCAGCAGCUGGGGAAUAGUCAUCGUUUCAGACACCGCUCUGAAAAGCAGCCUUCAUCUUCCUCGUCUACCGUUGAACGUAAGACAAAAGGAGGACUCCUUAGGAAGACCUGCUGAUUUAAGAUCAGCCAACCCUCUUUAGAUCAAGGACCUGUUUCGUUCUCCUGAAGAACAAAGAAGCAACUUUCAUUACGGAUCAUCAAAUUUGUUAAAGGAGCACAGAUUCAUAAAGGGCUUUGUGUGGGUUUCAGCAUGCUGCCAACAGGACAGAGCAUGUCAUCUGGAUCUCUUCACAAAAUCCUUCGGCCGCUCCUGUUUGGUAUUUUUAUUCUUGGAUGUUUUGUGACUGCCUUUUUGAUGUAUUUUAAGCCAUCCACCAGCUGGUUAAAUGGUCCAUUAGACUCAGCUGAUUCCACAAACCAUAUCAAGCAUGUCUUCGCAAAGAGUGACAAAAACAUGACCACUGUACUUGUCUGGCUGUGGCCCUUUGGACAAACCUAUGAAAUGAACAUCUGCAGCUCUGACUUUAACAUUGAGGGCUGCUUCAUCACAGCAGACAAAAACUUCUACAACAAAUCAGAUGGGGUUGUCAUCCAUCACAGAGACAUUGCUGGGGACCUGUCCAACUUGCCAACAUCAGAGCGGCCGCCGUUCCAGAAAUGGAUCUGGAUGAACUUAGAGUCGCCGUCACAUUCAGCCCAGCUGCCCGGGAUUAAUAAUUUGUUCAAUCUGACUCUCAAUUAUCGUCAGGAUUCUGACAUCCAAGUGCCUUAUGGGUCGAUUGUAGCAGCAGAGACUGUGGAGGACUUUGUACCACCAAGCAAAAACAAACUUGUCUGCUGGAUUGUCAGCAACUGGAAUCCUGAGCAUGUGCGGGUAAAAUAUUACAAUGAGUUGUACAAGUACAUUGAGGUUCACGCAUAUGGACAUGCCUUUGGGGAGUACAUCGCUGACAAAGAUUACAUUCCCACUAUGGCUAGCUGUAAGUUCUAUUUGUCCUUUGAGAAUUCAAUCCACAAAGACUACAUCACUGAAAAACUGUUCAUCCCCCUCUCUGUGGGUACAGUGCCAGUGGUUCUUGGCACAACCAGGCAAAACUAUGAGAACUUUGUUCAAGGAGACGCCUUCAUCCACGUAGAUGAUUUCACCUCGCCCAAAGAGCUGGCUGACUACCUGCUUCUCCUGGACAAGAAUGAAGACCUGUACCGAGGGUACUUUAAAUGGAGAAGCCACUUUAAAGUAACCAGAGCGCAUUUCUGGGCAGAGCACACAUGCCAGGCUUGUGAUUAUCUGAGAAGGCACAAAGAAUACAGGGCAUUCAAUGACCUUAACAAGUGGUACUGGGGUUGAUGGUGCUGAGAUGGACUAUACAACACUCAUCACCUCUUCAUGGAGCGGCACACAGAAAAAGCGGUAAAUCACUGAGACAAACAUUAGGUUGAAGAUUUAGAUGUAAUAUUUAAUUGAAGCAUUGCAGAAAGACCAUCUCAUUUGUGAUAGUGAAGAAGUUACCUAUGCAGAGCAUUGAAGUCAAAUGUGAAGGUAGUAGUACACUGUUGUUCAUAAUUUUGGAAAUCUGUAGCUGUCUUUAAACAUAUUUUUGUAAGUUUACAUUUGCAUUGCAAAUCUAAAAAGAUGCUUCUCUUUACAUUUUUUAAAGAAAUAUUGAUGAUCAUUGUAAUAUCAUUGUAAGUGUAAUAAUUACUCAAAUAGGCCAUAUUAGAGCUUGGUCUCUGGGGUUUAGUUGAUACCUUAAAAAAAGGUUUCCACAGUCACUGGAAUUUGAUUUCCGUAUUGUCCAAAUCUUGAUAAGUUUGAAUUAAGAAAAUAGUAGCAUGGAGCAUAUCCAUCCUCUUUUUCCCUUCUUUUCUUUCUCUGUAUUAAGCUUGUUUCAUUCUAUCCUUCACCUUUUGCUUGUUUUCCUUCAAUCCUUUGUAAUUAAAGUCUUAUCUUUCCUUCUUCUUGCUCUUCUAUCUUCUGUCCUUACUCCAUUAUGCCCUUCCUCCUUCCCUUCUGUUCUUCCCUUGAUUCCCUCCUUUCUUUGACUUCUUGUGGACUUUCUUAUUCCCUGGUGUCCCACCUUUUCCUCCCUCCCUCAUACAUUUAUUUUCCAAAUACUCAAAAACAGGUCUAAUUAUGAAGAAGAAAAAAUGGUGGGAAAUCCUUUAUACACUCAUCAAACCACCGCACUCAGGAAUUAUUUGGUUUUGAACAAAAUAGAUAAACAAACACAAAACCAACUCCCCAGAAAGCACAUAAACUAGUUUAAGCAUAAACGUUACAUAUCAAUUUAUCAGGAACUUGGUAAUGUAUGAGCAUGUUGAUUACUUUCCAAAACAAAUGUGACACAAACUACAAGACCGCUGUGCAGAGGCCAGCAUACAAGUAGCAUGAUGACCGAAAUAAUCACAAAAUCCAUGAUGUCAUGACAUCAUGCGUCAAAAGUUGUCUUUGUUUUAUGUAUAUGAAAGAAGUCUGUUUGUCUGUGUACAUCCCUGUUUACCCUCUGUGUCAUCCAGGUUUUUCACAUGUAAAUUAGGCUGUUCUCUAACAACCAGGUAAGUAGAAGCUUAUCCAGGAAUUCCAAUGCCACUAAGAUGACUUAAGUAAAUCCUUUUAUUAGAAAAUAAUAUCUUUUACCUACCCAAGUCUCCUCUAAACCCAAUAGUGUGUAGUGCCACAAGUCAAGCCACAAAGGUCAUAAUGGUCCAGAAACAUUUCUUCUUUUUUUGGUUUUCAUUUUCAGGGGUCACCACAGCGAGUCAUCUAUCUCCAUUCAACCCCAUCUUCUUCAUCUUUUUCUCUAACUACUUUCAAGUCCUCUUUCCUUCCAUCCAUAAAUCUCCUCUUUUGUCUUCCUCUAGGACUAUUGCUUGGCUGUCCCUCUGAUGUAUAUCCUGAUCAUAUCCAUCCUUGUUGCUCCCAAAGAGACACUCAACAUCAUCUCUGCUACCUCCAGCUCUGCCUCCAGUCUCGUCCUCAGCGCCACUCUAAAAUCUCUAAAACUAUAAACAUUGCCGGUAUCACCACCAUCGUAUACACCCUUUCUUUGAUCAUUGCUGAUACUCUUAUCACACAACACACCUGAUACUUUUAUCCAUCCAUUCCAACCUACUUAAACACAUUUCUCUACCUCUUUUCCACACUUGCCAUUACUCUGGACUGUUGUUCUGGACUGAAUACAUAAAAUCCUCCACCUUCUUUGUCUCUGUCUCCAGUAGCUUUUCGGCUCCACUUGGAUCCCUUUUAUUUAUUCAGAUGUAUUGUGUGUUGCUACGGCUAACCUACAUUCCUAUCCUUUCCAGGGCAAUCCUUCACCUCUCUAGAUUUUCAUCCACCUGUUUACUGCUCUCACCGCAGAUCAAAAUGUCAUCUGCAAACACCAUGGUCUAUGGAGAUUCCUGUCUAACCUCAUCUGUUCCCUGCUCUAAAAGUAGAUCAAAAUAUCAUCUGCAGACAUCAUAGUCCACGGAGAUUCCUGUCUAACCUCAUCUGUCAACUUGUCCAUCACCACAGCAAACAAACAAGGGCUUAGAGCCAAUCCUUGAUGGAGUCCCCGUCCACAUUGCCCACAUCUGUUACACCUACAGUUCCUUACCAGUGUCUAAUAGCUCUCUUACAUGUCCUGCACCACGCUAACACAUUUCUCUACGACAAUUGCUCAUACAACACCACGGGU